CGGAAGUGGCACCGUUGCCAGGCAGCCGUUGCCAGGCGUCGCGGGGCGUGCUCUGCGCUGGGCGCGCGGAGGCCAAGGCGGGAAGCUCGAGCGGCGGCGCCAUGGCCCGAGCGUGGCAGCACCCGUUCCUCAACGUCUUCAGACACUUCCGGGUGGACGAGUGGAAGCGGUCCGCGAAGCAGGGGGACGUGGCCGUGGUGACGGACAAGACCCUGAAGGGCACCGUGUAUCGCAUUCGGGGCUCAGUCUCCGCCGCCAACUACAUCCAGCUCCCUAAGAGCAGCACCCAGUCCCUGGGGCUGACUGGGCGAUACCUGUAUGUGCUCUUUCGGCCCCUGCCCAGCAAGCACUUCGUCAUCCACUUGGAUGUGUCCACCAAGGACAACCAAGUCAUCCGUGUGUCUUUCUCCAACCUCUUCAAGGAGUUUAAGUCUACGGCCACGUGGCUCCAGUUUCCCUUCGUCCUGGAGGCCAGGACACCUCAGAGAGAUCUGGUGGGUUCGGCGCCCCCUGGAGCCCGCUGGACCUGCCUGCAGCUCGACCUGCAGGACGUUCUCCUGGUCUACCUGAACCGGUGCUAUGGCCAUCUCAAGAGCGUCAGGCUGUGCGCCAGCCUGCUGGUCAGGAACCUGUACACCAGCGACCUGUGCUUUGAGCCUGCCAUCUCUGGGGCCCAGUGGGCAAAGCUGCCCGUGACUCCUAUGCCUCGGGAAAUGGCAUUCCCUGUGCCCAAGGGAGAGAGCUGGCAUGACCGCUACAUCCACAUCCGGUUUCCAAGAGACAGCUUGAAAGUGCCUUCCAAGCUGAUUGAGAAGAGCUGCUCCCCUCCUGAGACGGUCCUCCUGGGGCCGGGGCCGCAGCAUUUCCCUUGCCCGGUGGCCUCCAGCAAACCUGUGCGGUUCAGUGUGUCUCCAGUGGUCCAGAUGCCCAGCCCCACAGCCUCCGGCCGGGCCCCCUUGGCACCCAGGCCCUUCCUGGAGGUCAGCUUGUCCCAAGAGCGCUCAGAUGCCUCCAACGCGGAUGGCCCCAGUUUCCAUAGCCUUGAGCCCUGGGCCCAGGUGGAGGCCUCUGACGUCCACACGGCUGCUGCUGACACCCACGUGUUGACUCAUGAGUCAGCUGAGGUGCCUGUGGCCCUUGAGGACACCGGCUCCUGCGAGGGCUUCCUCCCAGACCCGGUCCUGAGGCUCAAGGGCGUCAUCGGCUUCGGGGGCCACAGCACCAGACAGGCCCUGUGGACCCCGGACGGGGCGGCUGUCGUGUACCCCUGCCAUGCGGUCAUCGUCGUCCUGCUCGUGGACACGGGGGAGCAGCGCUUCUUCCUUGGCCACACAGACAAGGUCUCCGCCCUGGCACUGGAUGGCAGCAGCUCACUAUUGGCCUCGGCCCAGGCAAGGGCCCCCAGUGUGAUGCGGCUCUGGGACUUCCAGACCGGGCGGUGCCUGUGCCUGUUCCAGAGCCCAAUGCACGUUGUCUGCUCCCUCAGCUUCUCUGACAGCGGGGCCCUUCUCUGCGGGGUUGGCAAGGACCACCACGGGAGGACGAUGGUGGUGGCCUGGGGCACCGGCCAGGUGGGCCUCGGUGGCGAGGUGGUCGUUCUGGCAAAGGCGCACACUGACUUUGACGUCCAGGCCUUCCGGGUCACCUUUUUUGAUGAAACCAGGAUGGCGUCGUGUGGGCAGGGCAGUGUGCGGCUCUGGCGGCUGCGUGGCGGGGCGCUGCGUUCCUGCCCCGUGGACUUAGGGGAGCACCACGCGCUGCAGUUCACCGACCUCGCCUUCAAGCAGGCCCCGGACGGCUGCCCGGCGCCCUCGGCUGCCAUGCUCUUCGUGUGCAGCCGCAGUGGCCACAUCUUGGAGAUUGACUGUCAGCGCAUGGUCGUGCGGCAUGCCCGCCGCCUGCUCCCCACACAGACUCCGGUCGGCCCCCACCCGCAGAAGCAGACCUUCAGCUUAGGUAAGAGGGCGCCAGCCAUGUGGCAAGGGUGGCAGGGACACCGAGGCACUGACGCCUCCCCGCCCCCAGGCCCCGGCAUUGCCAUCAGCAGCCUCAGCGUCUCCCCGGCUGUGUGUGCUGUGGGCUCUGAGGACGGCUUCCUGCGGCUCUGGCCCCUGGACUUCUCCUCGGUGCUCCUGGAGGCAGAGCACGAGGGUCCCGUCAGCUCAGUCCGUGUCAGCCCCGAUGGCCUCCGUGUGCUGUCUGCCACCUCCUCGGGCCACCUGGGCUUCCUGGACACGCUGUCCCGCGUGUACCACAUGCUGGCUCGCUCCCACACCGCCCCGGUGCUGGCCCUCGCCAUGGAGCAGAGGCGGGGACAGCUGGCCACCGUGUCCCAGGACCGCACCGUCCGCAUCUGGGACCUGGCCACCCUGCAGCAGCUAUACGACUUCACAUCAUCAGAGGAUGCCCCGUGCACUGUCACCUUCCACCCUACAAGGCCAACCUUUUUCUGUGGCUUUAGCAGUGGGGCCGUGCGCUCCUUCAGCCUGGAGGCUGCUGAGGUCCUGGUGGAACACACGUGCCACCGAGGAGCCGUCACCGGCCUGACCGCCACCCCUGACGGCCGCCUGCUCUUCAGCUCCUGCUCCCAGGGCUCCCUGGCCCAGUACAGCUGUGUGGACCCCCAGUGGCAUGUCCUCCGAGUGGCAGCGGACAUGGUAUGCCCGGAUGCCCCCGCGAGCCCCUGCGCUCUGGCAGUCAGCAGGGAUGGCCGCCUGCUGGCCUUCGUGGGACCCUCCAGGUGCACAGUGACAAUCAUGGGCUCGGCCUCCCUUGACGAGCUGCUGCGUGUUGACAUCGGCACUCUGGACCUGGCCAGCGGCCGCCUGGAGUCAGCCAUGGCUGUGUGCUUUGGCCCUGCAGCUCUGGGCCACCUGCUGGUGUCCACCUCGUCCAACAGAGUCGUGGUGCUGGAUGCUGCGUCGGGCCGCGUCAUCCGGGAGCUGGCCGGUGUCCACCCUGAGCCCUGCCCCUCCUUGACGCUCAGUGAAGACGCCCGCUUCCUGCUGAUCGCCGCCGGUCGGACUGUCAAGGUGUGGGACUACGCGACACAGGCCAGCCCAGGCCCCCAGGUGUACAUCGGCCACUCGGAACCCGUGCAGGCUGUGGCCUUCUCUCCUGACCAGCGGCAGGUCCUCAGCGCAGGGGACACCGUCUUCCUCUGGGAUAUCCUGGCCACUACUGAGAGCGAUCAAAGCUUCCCCGGGGCACCCCCAGCCUGCGAGGCAGGCCCGGGCACAGGACUGCUGGAGGAUGCAGCGUCCAGGGCCAGCGAGCUCCCCCGGCAGCAGGUCCCCAAGCCAUCUCGGGCAUCUCCACCACGGCUAGGCGUCUGUGCCAGGCCUCUGGAAGGUGGCGAUGGCACCUUUUCCACGUUGGAUGAGGAAGGACCCUGUGAGGAGAGCUGUGACCCCGAGGGGCUUGGGCAGGCCUCAGGCCCACCUGUGCCCACGGAGGAGGAGGCCGGCAGGGCUGGAGACGGGGCCUGGGCUGCGGCAGUGGGCUCCUGGGGGCUUGCCCUGCCUCCCGGUCCCCCCGGCCAACCCCGUGAGCAGUGGAGGGCAGGGCAGGGACGCUGGUUCCGGUGCAGGGGCUUGAGGGCAGUCGGCGCCAGGGACACCAGGAAUUCGGGGGCCCCACGCACCACCUACCUGGCUUCCUACAAGUCCUUCACGCCUGCCAGGGUCAGCUGCAGCCCCCACUCUGCCAAGGGCACUUUCCUGCCUCCCGCCAGCGGUGGAUGGCUGCGUCUGAAGGCUGUCGUUGGCUACGGCGGGAAUGGGCGGGCCAACAUGGUCUGGAGGCCGGACACAGGCUUCUUUGCCUACACGUGCGGUCGCCUGGUGGUGGUAGAGGACCUGCACUCUGGCGCUCAGCAGCACUGGCCCGGCCACCCUGCGGAGAUCUCCACGCUGGCCCUCAGCCACAGUGCCCAGGUCCUGGCCUCUGCCUCGGGCCACAGCAGCACGACCGCCCAUUGUCAGAUCCGUGUCUGGGACGUGUCUGGUGGCCUCUGCCAGCAUCUCAUUUCCCACCAUAGCACCACCGUGCUGGCCCUGGCUUUCUCACCAGAUGACAGGCUUCUUGUCACAUUGGGGGACCACGACGGCCGCACCCUUGCCCUGUGGGGCACGGCCACCUAUGACCUCGUGUCCUACGCCCGCCUCCCGGAGCCAGUGCAUGGCGUGGCCUUCAACCCCUGGGAUGCUGGCGAGCUCACCUGUGUGGGCCAGGGCACUGUCACCUUCCGGCUCCUGCAGCAGCGCGGGGCAGACAUCAGCCUUCAGGUGCAUCGAGAGCCGGUCCCAGAGGCAGUGGGGGCUGGAGAGCUGACCUCGCUCUGCUACGGGGCACCCCCCCUGCUCUACUGUGGCACCAGCUCUGGCCAGGUCUGUGUCUGGGACACGCGUGCCGGCCGCUGCUUCCUGUCCUGGGAGGCGGACGAUGGUGGCAUUGGGCUGUUGCUGUUCUCAGGCUCUCGGCUGGUCAGCGGCAGCAGCACAGGGCGGCUGCGCCUGUGGGCUGUGGGGGCUGUGUCGGAGCUGAGGUGCAAGGGUUCAGGCGCCAGGUCCAGUUCUGUGUUCAUGGAACACGAGCUGCUGCUGGACGGGGCUGUGGUGAGCGCCAGCUUCGAUGACAGCGUGGACAUGGGUAUCGUGGGCACCACGGCGGGCACGCUCUGGUUUGUCAGCUGGGCCGAGGGCACCAGCACGCGUCUCAUCAGUGGCCACAGAAGCAAGGUGAACGAGGUGGUUUUCAGCCCCGGGGAGUCCCACGGCGCCACAUGCAGUGAGGAUGGGAGUGUGCGAGUGUGGGCCUUGGCCAGCAUGGAGCUUGUGAUCCAGUUCCAGGUGCUGAAUCAGAGCUGCCUCUGCCUUGCAUGGAGCCCCCCGUGCUGUGGCCGCCCUGAGCAGCAGCGGCUAGCGGCAGGCUAUGGUGACGGCUCCCUGCGCAUCUUCAGCGUCUCCCGCACGGCCAUGGAACUCAAGAUGCACCCCCACCCGGUGGCGCUGACCACUGUUGCCUUCUCCAGUGAUGGUCAGACUGUCCUCUCUGGAGACAAGGAUGGGCUCGUGGCUGUGAGCCACCCCCGCACAGGGACGACCUUCCGUGUGCUGAGUGACCACCAGGGCGCCCCAAUCUCUACCAUCUGUGUCACAUGCAGAGAGUGUGAAGAUUUAGGGGUGGAGGGCACAGACCUAUGGCUGGCUGCCAGUGGGGACCAGCGGGUCAGCGUCUGGGCCUCUGACUGGCUGCGGAACCGCUGUGAGCUCGUGGACUGGUUGAGUUUCCCAAUGCCUGCCACCACGGAGACUCAGGGCCACCUGCCACCCUCCCUCGCUGCCUUCUGCCCUUGGGAUGGGGCGCUACUGAUGUACGUGGGCCCUGGUGUUUACAAGGAGGUGAUCAUCUACAACUUCUGCCAGAAGCAGGUGGUGGAGAAGAUACCACUGCCCUUUUUUGCCAUGUCCCUGAGCCUGUCCCCGGGGACCCACCUCCUGGCUGUUGGCUUUGCUGAGUGCAUGCUGAGGCUGGUAGACUGUGCCACGGGGACUGCUCAAGACUUUGCCAGCCACGACAAUGCAGUGCAUCUGUGCAGGUUUACACCGUCCGCCAGGCUGCUCUUCACAGCCGCCCGCAACGAGAUCCUGGUGUGGGAGGUUCUCGGCCGCUGAGAUGCAGCAGGGACUGUGGUGCUGGGCAUCACGGCUGGUCACGCCAGGCACCUGGACACAGGCUUGGCAGAGAAGCCAGGUUGUCAAUGGGCCUCAUGCUGGGACAGGCCAGGAUUCAUGUAAAUCUCCUGGAGCAAGCUGUUGUAAAUUUGGCGACCUGAAAAUACUUUAAUACCUGUUGCCCUUUUGCCUAAGAAAUUUUUAAUGUUUCUAUCUUGUAAUAAACAUGGGCAUUUAUUGCAUUA